UCUCUGAUAAUAUUCUCCCUAUUCAAGUCUUCCUUCUUCUAGAAAAAAAAAAAACAAAAAAACCCGAACAAAGAGAGAGAGAAGAGGCUCGGUCUCGCCGGCCACCUUGUAGAGAGGGAAAGAAAGAAAAGAAAGAAAGAAAAUUUGCUUUCUUUUUCCCAAUCCCUCUCUCUCUCUAGAAAAGUCAAUUCAAUCCCACCCCCUUCCCGUUCUUCCCUAAAACCCAUUUUUUUAUUUCGAAUACAAAAACACAGGUACUGCAAACCAAUCCCAUAACCCACUUCUCUCUACCUCUCCGUCUCCCUCGAUCACAUUCGCCAAAACCCAUCAAUUUGAUCUUCUGGGUUUGUUUAAUUAUCGGAAAAAGGUUGAGUCUUUGCUGCGGAAAAAAAAAAAAAGCUAGGGUUUGUAUCUGAUGAGUUCCAAUACGGCGCCGUCCAGCUCAGCGGGCGCUGGAUCUGCCGAUUCAGCAGCUACCAGGAGGUCCAAGCGGCCCAAAUAUUCAAGAUUUACUCAGCAGGAACUUCCAGCAUGCAAGCCAAUUCUCACGCCAAAAUGGGUCAUCUCAGCAUUCAUGCUCGUUGCAAUCGUCUUCAUUCCCAUCGGAGUUGCUACCCUAUUUGCUUCCCGAGAUGUUGUUGAAAUCGUUGAUCGAUAUGAAACUGAGUGCAUACCAGCGUCCUCUAGAAGUGAUAAGGUCAAAUACAUCCAAACCCCAGGAAAUAAACCAUGCAACAGAACUCUGACGGUAAAAAAACACAUGAAGCAUCCUAUAUAUGUGUACUACCAACUUGAUAAUUUCUAUCAGAAUCACCGCAGGUAUGUUAAGAGCCGAAGCGAUAAACAGUUGAAAGAUCCAAACUCUGCAAGUACAGUGACUGAUUGUAAGCCUGAAGACAAGACAGCAAAUGGUGCGCCUAUUGUACCAUGUGGGCUCAUAGCUUGGAGUUUGUUCAAUGACACUUAUAGUUUUUCCCGCAACCAAAGCGAGCCGUUGCCAGUGAACAAGAAGGGUAUUUCAUGGAAGAGUGACAGGGAGCACAAAUUUGGCAAAAAGGUCUUUCCUACGAACUUUCAGAAUUCAGCUCUUAGAGGUGGUGCGUCUCUCAAUGAAUCCAUUCCAUUGAGUGAGCAGGAGGACCUUAUUGUUUGGAUGAGAACUGCUGCAUUGCCAACAUUCAGAAAAUUAUAUGGGAAGAUAGAGGUGGAUCUUCAGCAAAAUGAUGUCAUACAUGUGACAUUGGAGAACAAUUACAACACCUACAGUUUUAGUGGAAAAAAGAAGCUCGUACUUUCUACCACUAGUUGGCUUGGUGGCAGGAAUGACUUCCUUGGCAUUGCCUAUCUCACUGUUGGCGGGUUGUGCUUCUUUCUGGCCAUGGCUUUCACAAUUGUAUAUCUUGUUAAACCAAGGCAACUUGGAGAUCCUUCCUAUUUGUCAUGGAACAGAAAUCCAGGAGGGCACUAAGCGUGUUUAACUGCUCAUAUCAAUGGCUUGCCUUGAGCAUUUCCUGAUGGCCUACUUAAUUAUGUGUAUAUUAAUGUUAUCAUCAAUAUGGGCAGUACAUAUGAUUUCUAAAAGCAUUUUGGUCAUUUGGAGUUUUCUUUAUUCCCCCCCAGAUUGUUGAGAGGACAACAUUAUGAACUUUCCUGUAUAAUUUCAGAAAUAGUGUUGAUUACAUCUAAAGUUUGAUCUGCGAA